UUCAAACAGCUCAUCCGCCAUAUUGAUGUCAGUUGUAUACGUUUCUCUGGAUUCUGGUCGUUUCUAGGGAACAAUGUCAAAUCCAACAUCGUCAACAGCAGCCAAAGCUUUGGUCGACUCCGCUACUGUUUUCAUUGAAGAAACGAAACCAGCUUCACCAGCGCCUGAUGACUCCAUGUUCUCUACACCCAGCUCUCUGACUGACGUGGUGCUCGUUGUUGAAGGGAAGAAACUACACGUGAGUAAAGCUCUACUUUGUCUCACCUCCCCUGCUUUCCUGAAAAUGUUCGAAGGUGAUUUUAAGAACAAAACAGAAGUUCCCAUCGCGGACAAGAAGUAUGCUGAUUUUGUUGAAUUCCUGUUGUGUGUUCAUCCGUCCACUUGCAAACCUGUUCAGCGGAAAACACUGGACAUUGUCCUGCCCCUCGCUGACGAGUACGAGGUCGAAUCUCUCGUGCAACGGUGUGAGCAGUUUGUUCUGACAAUGUUCCUUCUUAAAGACGACGAGCAAAGUAACCCAGCAAAUGAAGAAUUGGUCCACUUUUCCUACCUGGCAGAGAAAUACAAACUGACGUCAUUGUUGGACAAAUGUUUGGAAAAGCUGAAAUACAGAACCUAUGACGGCAAUCGUGGUGUGAGAAAAUUCCCAGAAUUCCAACGUCUGUCGUCAGAUACAAAACUUCGGGUGAUGUCGGAGAGAUUAAUAUUGAUGGAAAGACCCGUUGUUAAUAUGCUUGGUGUCCACAUUCCAGUACCGUUCAAGAACAGUCCAUAUCCCAAUGUAGCCAAGAGCAUUUAUAAGUAUGGUUCACCCUCUCCCAAGAAUGCUGAAUCGCUACUUUCCGAACUAGCUAAAUCAAUCGAUCAACUCAAGCGAAUGUUCGUACACAAUUUCAAGUAAACACGGCUAUGUCAUCCAGCAUUCUUAAUUUUGUCUCAGUUUAUUUGAAUUAUCAACAAUUUUAAGGAAAAUUAACUAUGAUCCGAAAAUUCAUAAAGACGUAAAAUUAGGAGGUAAAAAUAUGUCAGUUAAAGGUGUGCACUGUAUUUCCUCUACUAGAUUGUGUUAAUUUUUUUCACACAAUUUAUUGACCCAGCGUGUGUUCUGUAAUCUGUAUAGGCUGGCAUAGUGGCAGAUAACUAACCCCACAGACACCCAAUUUCUACAGUAAGGGUGGAUUUCCAGGAAACGGUCCUUAUUAAAUGGAGGAAAUUAUCAUUACAAAACCUAUAUGUUAAUAUGAUCGAUAUAACCUGUUUCAUCAAAUGAUGGACCUAGCCUUCGUUCGAGACACGGCUAAUAGGUUUUGGACACAACAUAUACUAAUUAAUAUGCAGUGUGACCAAUGUCAGCGUCAUCGGACAGUGAGACGUCCCAGAGAAUCAUCGUCGUAAUUGUUGAUAUCAAAACUUGGAUGACAGCAAACUUCCCAUGAAAACUAAACUUUUGAUCACCAGUUCAAAACUAAUGCACACCAAGAUUCAACUUCCCAAAAAUACUGAUUAAAGAGACUUUUGGUUAACCAGCAAGGAAGUCUUGGCUUGAUCAAUUGAUAAUGCAGAGAUACAUUUCCUCGGACAAAUCAGUGUAUAUGUUGACUAUUUUAAUUAAUAGGAAAAAGUGUUUGCAAAAAAAUCUUGGCAAAGCAGGAUUCGAAACCACAAUGAGAUGUUUGUCCAAAACGGUCCACGGCGGUUUACAUAGCAUUAGACGAAUAUGUAUUGUGCGUUUUAAUGAGGUUUUAUUGUACAGUAAAUUAUGUUUACAUUGAACGUGCUUACUCAUAACAACUGUGCUUUUCCUGGAACGUGUUGUAUAUUUUAGCCGAAAUAUGUACAUGUAUAACGAACUACAGUUAGAACGACCUACAGUUACUUAUCAUAUUGUGUUCCUUAUAACUGUAGUUUACUGUACAUGUCCAUUGUAUAUACAUUUGUAACUGCAUCAUUACUCAAUUAAUGAUUAUUUCGUUAUGACAAUGUCAUCAUUUACAGCUAUUAGUCUUCUUUAUUUACACCUGCACUUAUCGUGUAGUCUUGAGGAGUGAUCAUUUAAAGUAGUGUUAACAGUG